CUGGGGAGGAACAGUCCUGUUCAAACUGACAUUUAUUUUGAUAUUAUGAAGUCUGAUAAACAGGAACAUGGGAAGCUGCUGAGGAGCACCAUUGAUUCACCUAGUUCAGUACUGUGUACACACUGACAGUGACUCUCCAGGGAUUCAUGCAGAGAUCUGUACCUGGUCCUGCAAGGGUUUGACCUGGGGACCUUUUGCAUUCAAAGCAAGAACUGGAAGAAGGUUGGCACCAAAAAAUCGCAACAGAAAUGAACCUCUCAGAAACAGCAUUCAUCAGAAAACUGCAUCCUACUGAUGACUUUACAAGAAGUUCCCAUUUUGGAUUAAGGUGGUUUACACCAGCUAAGGAGGUCCCACUCUGUGGCCACGCUACCCUUGCCUCAGCAGCUGUGUUAUUCCACAACAAGAAAAAUGUGAAUUCAACCCUCACUUUCGUAACUCUGAGUGGAGAAUUAAAUGCCAGACAAGCAGGCGAUCGUAUUAUCCUGGACUUACCCCUUUAUCCUACUUAUCCACAGGAUUUCCAGGAAGUGGAAAAGUUAGUGAAGGCAGUUGUCGGCGAUAUGAAUGUUCAAGAUGUUCGCUAUUCUCCUGACACAAAGAAGCUCCUUGUCUGCCUCAGUGAUGCUUAUGGAAGGUCUGAUUUGGAGAAAAUACAAGUGAAUGCCCAAGAACUUUUGCUGGCUGAGAAGACUGGGAAAGUCCAAGGAUUAAUAGUCACACUUAAGGGAGAUUUCCACGGAAAACAUGAAAGCUAUGACUUUUACUCUCGAUACUUUGCUCCUUGGGUUGGAAUUUUAGAAGAUCCUGUCACAGGAUCUGCUCAUACUGUCUUAAGUAGUUACUGGUCACAACAACUGGGGAAAAAGGAAAUGUGUGCAUUUCAGUGUUCUACUCGUGGAGGAAAGUUGAACAUUCUGCUUCGGCCUGAUGGAAGAGUAGAUGUCAGUGGCCAAACAGUUAUUGUCUUGAAGGGUUUUUUGACCAUUUAAGAAAAUAGGCUGAAAAAAGGAGAGAGAGAAAAUAAAAUGAAAUAAAGCUCUUCGUCAUCACAAAUUUACAUUUCUUCUUAUCGUUGCUGAUGCAGAUGAAUAUUUUACAGAGAAAACAACUACUUAAAUCAAAAGGCAAAAUGGACAUAAUUCAGAAGACAGGCAAUUUAACUGGUUUGAUUUUAUAGUUUUAUCUGAUUUUUAUUUGUUGCAUUGCAUCUUUGUAAACUGCCCUGAGACUAUUGUAGUUAAAUGGUAUAUAAUUCUUUAA